CCUGUGAGCUCGGCUUCCUCAACAUGGCAGCGCCCUUGUCUGUGGAGGUGGAGUUCGGAGGCUGUGCGGAGCUCCUGUUUGACGGUGUGAAGAAACAUCAGGUCACCUUGCCUGGACAGGAGGAACCCUGGGACAUCCGGAACCUCCUUGUCUGGAUCAAGAAGAACUUGCUAAAAGAGCGGCCAGAGUUGUUCAUCCAGGGAGAUAGCGUGCGGCCAGGGAUUCUGGUGUUGAUUAACGAUGCCGACUGGGAACUGCUGGGUGAGCUGGACUACCAGCUUCAGGACCAGGACAGCAUCCUCUUCAUAUCCACGCUGCACGGCGGCUGAGGGCCCUUCUCUGUGCCUGGGCCCCCUUGGGGUGGGGAGAACAGAACAAUCAGACAUCCCCUUGGGCCCUGCUUCCAGAUCUCCCUGUCUCCCUUGGCUGCUUUCUUCCUUCCUCUGUCCCGUGAGCUCCCUCCAGG